AUAUUCUAUUGCAAACAUUGGCAUACCUUCAGUUGAAGAAGAACAAGAAAAUCAAAUUGAAAAUUUGAGUGAUAAAUGGGUUUGUGAUAUUUGUUUAGAUUAUAUUGAUAAAAAGAAACAUUAUUCGUACCUAACUUGCUUAGAUCCAAAGUGUAAAAUGGUUUCACAUUUGGUUUGUCUUGCUCAAAUCUUCUUGAGAUGUGAAAGAAACAAAAAUAUCAAGAAGUUUGAAGAUAUUCUUGGUAACAAUAGUAAUAUUACAAAUAGCGACAUUUGUCAAAAAAUUGACACUUAUUAUCUUUUACCAAAAUAUGGAAAUUCUAAAAAUUCAAACAGGAGUUGUAAAACGGAAUUAGUACAACAACAAAAUCACAUUGAUAGAAUGGUUCAACAAGGUUAUAAUGAAUACGAUGUUAAAAAACAGAAGGAAGUUUUAGAUGAAACUGUGCAGAUGAUUCCAGAUUGUAAAAAUCGUCUUAAUGAAGCUUAUAAAGUGUUGAAGGAUUUAGUGAGUAAACAAGAUCCAUCUUGGGUUGGUACAGAUGAGUUAAAUAAAGCUGAAGAAACUUUAAAAGAGAUUGAGUUAGACAGAGUUGAAGAAAAGGUUGGGUUGAAGAACUCUGAUUCUUAA